CCCCCUGAUCCAGUCUGUUCCCCUUCCCUCUGCACUACACUCUCUAGAAGCGAAGAGCGAAGGAGAUAGGAAAGUUGCCCUCUCGUCCAAUCUCGCGCUUCGUUCCCGCAAACCCUAAUUGUAGAUCUGGUGGCGAACGACGGCGGAGAUGCUUUCAGUACUCCCCGCCGCCACGCCCGCCGUAGUCUGUCACUUCUUGUCCGGAGAGCCGCUUGUGCCCUUCUUGCAACCCUAACCCUCGUCCUUUGAGGCUUGAUCGAAUAAGGUUAGGGUUAGAUUAUUUUUGCUUGGUAUUGGUCGUGGAGAUGGAGGAGAGGUUGUAGACAUAGGUUCGAGGCCAGAGUUUGAGACGCCGCCGCCGGAGGACGCGGAGAUGGCGGCGGCUGCGACAGAGGCGGAGGGAGAGGAGGUGGCGAAGCUCCACCUGCCUGCUGAAAUCGAUUGGGAGAUGCUGGACAAGUCGCGCUUCUUCGUCCUCGGCGCUGCCCUCUUCUCCGCCGUCUCCGCCGCUCUCUACCCGGCGGUCGUCCUCAAAACCCGCCUCCAGGUCUGUCACCCCGCGCCACCCUCCGCCUGCGCCGCCGCGGCCGCCAUCCUCCGCAGGGAGGGCCUCCUUGGCUUUUACCGUGGCUUCGCCACGUCCCUCGCCGGCACCGUCCCCGCCCGCACCCUCUACAUGGCCGCCCUGGAGGUCACCAAAAGCACCGUUGGCACCGCCACCAUCCAGUUAGGCGUCUCCGAGACCACUGCCUCCGCUGUGGCCAGCGCGGUCGCCGGACUGAGCGCCGCCGUCGCAGCACAGGUUGUAUGGACCCCCAUCGAUGUCAUCAGCCAGCGGCUGAUGGUCCAAGGCCAUCACCGACUCACGAGUAAGUACCUCGGUGGGAUAGACGCAUUCCGGAAGAUCGUCGCAAGCGACGGAAUUCGCGGGCUUUACAGAGGGUUCGGCAUGUCUAUAUUGACAUACGCCCCCUCAAAUGCUGUUUGGUGGGCUUCCUACUCGCUGUCCCAAAAGCUAAUUUGGAGUGGAAUUGGGUACUAUCUUUGUCGUCUACGAUUUGGCUUUGAAGAGCAAGAGUAUGGAAAUAGCAGCGGCGGUGCUGUGAAGCCUGAGUACAGGACAGUGGUGGUAGUGCAGGGGCUAAGCGCUGCAAUGGCAGGUGGUGCGGCCGCGCUAGUGACAAUGCCUCUGGACACGAUUAAGACGAGGAUACAGGUGAUGGAAGGUGGGAAGGAGGGACCGAUGACCAUAGGUCGAACAGUAAGGAGCCUUAUAAGGGAGGGAGGGUGGAGCGCAUGUUACCGAGGAUUAGGGCCAAGGUGGGCUUCAAUGUCGAUGUCUGCAACCACUAUGAUUACCACGUAUGAGUUCCUGAAGCGUCUGUCCACAAAGAAGCAGGAGGGCUUCGAUAUAUGAUAAUAAAUAUAAUAUGAAUAACUGGUUUUCCUUCUUUCUGUGUGUAGGUUAUUUUGGUUGUUUCUUUUUUUAUCCCUUCAAAGAAAAUAGGAUACAAAUCUUUGUUAAGAUAGUGCUUUUGAGUUUCGGAGUAGUUUCAUUCAAAUGCAUUCCAAUCCAUGGGUUCUGUGUUCUGAGGUUUUUUUUC